AAUAGGCGCAGAUGGCUACCUUGCCAUCUGACACACGUACACACUCGCUGCUCUUCUAGGUUCUCUGCUCUGUUCUCCUCAGGACUACGAGGAGGCGCUGAUGUUUUGCCUAAACGAAGAGGAGGAGGAGCCAUCGCAGUUGGACUGCGAGAAAAGCCAGUCCACAAGGGAGAGCCAGGCCCAGUCCCCGACUCUAGCUGCUGCUGCCAGACUCUCAGCGAUGAUACACGGCAAAGGCCGAGUGUACGCCAACGCCAUGCUGGUGGACCAGGUGGAUGGAUCUGAUAUUAAAUACCGGUCUCCAGAGGAGGAGGAGGAGGAGGAGGAGGGAGAGGAGGAGGUGAGCUCUGAGCCCCGUCUCGGCAGCCCAUGCUGGGACUCCUUUUCCACGGGUCCAGCGGCCCCGGCGGGGGACUGUUGCCAGAACCGGCACCCGGCCUCGCCGCGUGGCGGGGAGAGGGGCACCCGAGGCCCAGAGAGCCUCGAGCAGCGGUCCCCGCGGCGCACAUCUCCCCCCUCUCCCCUCGCCUCCUCCCCGUCUUUUCCUUCCUCCCCACUGGCUUCCGCCUUCCGCUUGUUCGAGGGGGCUCCGAGGCGUCCGGCGCAGCCCUGCCUGCCAGUUUCUCCUGCUUUGAACCAGAGAGGAUGCAGCUUGACCGAGGCGAGCCGGGGCCUGAGUCCCAGUCUCGAGUGUGACAGCGGAGAGGACGACAUCCUGGGACACUCGUACCCCUGCGCCGCUGCAAAGAAGCAGUUUGUCCUGCGGUCCAGCUCACGGGAGGAGAGGGACUGCUUUGAUCCGUCACCAGACUUUAACCGCACGCUCUCUGACAGCUCGCACACACCCGCCAAGAACCCGGAGGAAGCCGAGGUUCGCCUGCGCUCCUACUCGUACACUUCGCCCAAGGCGAAGCCGUCGCGGCCGCUGCUGAACGCCACCAUCAGCGACCCAACAGAAGAGCAGAGAGCAUUCAGCCUGUCCGAGACCACCAGAGAAAAGAGGGCUUUGGGUUUCCGUAAGCGGGCCCAGUCGGCCGAGGAGGAGAGCGGCGCAUCGCUCCAACACCUCACGCUCACCGAGUUCCUCAAAGAGAUCGAGGACGAGGAGUGGGACAAGUACAUCAUCCCCUCCAAGGUCGAGUCGGAGAAGUACAAAGUCAGCCGGACCUUCAGCUUCUUCAAGAGCAGGAUGUCCAGCACUCGCAACAAGACAAAGGUGAAGGGGAAAGAGGUGAAGGAGGGGAAGGAGAAGGCGGGAGCCGCCAAUGGCCACCAGUUUGUCCCGGCGUCUCCGUCCGGCCCCGCUCUCUGUGUGGCCUGCGAGAAGCCUGUUUCUGGGAAGGAGCUGCUGCAGUGCUCCAACUGUUUCCUGAACGUCCACAAAAACUGUCGGGAUUCUGUUGCAGCCUGCGGCAAGAAGCCGCAGGAGAGGAAUGCGUUGCUGCUGAAAAGCAAGACCCUGUCCCUCCCACACAACUUUGUGAAAGAAAACUCUCUGGCCACCAUGUUCUCCUCUUCCUCGUCUUCACUUCCCACGACAACCAGGGAGAAGAGGGAAACCGUCGCCCCCCUCUCCAAAAGCUUCUCUCUCUCUAUAGACAGCAGACGGCUGAGCGACCCAGAGGGGCUGGACAGCAAAUGCGGCGUGACAGCUUGCACUAACAGCUCGCCGGCCGAUGAGGGAACGCCGGUCACGGCGACUCCUCCGUCCGCCGAGCCGCCCGUCGCCACGCAGGAUGCCGUGGACGCUCCGCUCAUGAGCGACCUGUCCGCCGAGCUGCUGGGACUGGAGGUGGAGUCGUGGAGCCUGGCGGUCAGCCCGGAGUUCUGCAGGCAACACGACAGGCACACCAUCAAGAGGCAGGAAGUCAUUUACGAGCUGAUGCAGACGGAGCUGCACCACAUCCAGACCCUGACGGUCAUGUCGGGGGUGUUCCGGAGGGGCAUGCUGGAGGAGCUGCAGCUCGACUGGGAGUGCGUGGCCCGGAUCUUCCCGUGCCUGGACGCCCUGCUGCUCUUCCACAAAAACCUCUUUGGAGCGCUGCUGCAGCGCCGGGGGGCGGCGGCCCAGCCAGAGGACUCCCGCAACUACCUCAUCCACCAGAUCGGAGACAUUCUGCUCCAGCAGUUCUCAGAUGAAUACGCCGAGGAGAUGAAGCAGGUGUACGGCGAGUUCUGCAGCCAUCACACCGAGGCCGUCGGCGUCUUCAAAGAGCUGCAGCAACAGAACAAAAAACUGCAAAACUUUAUCAAGCUCCAGAGCAAUAACACCCUGGUGAGGCGGAGAGAGGUGCCCGAAUUCAUCCUGCUGGUCACUCAGCGCAUCACCAAGUACCCGGUGCUGCUGGAGAGGAUACUGCACUACACUCAGGAGGGCACUCGGGAGCACUCGGACCUGUCGAGUGCGUUGGUUCAGAUCCGUGACAUCAUCGCCGCGGUGGACCUGAGCGUGAACAGGUACGAGAGGUGCCAGGAGCUGCAGGAAGUGCUGGCGAGGCUGGAGAACAAGAGCUUCGCCAAGCUAAAGAACGACAAGGUGUUCCGCAAACAGGACCUGCUCAGCAAGCACCGGGCCCUGCGGUACAAGGGGCUGGUCUACUGGAAGACCGCCACGGGACGUCUGAAAGACACUCUGGCUCUCCUCCUCACAGACGUGCUGGUUUUCCUCCAAGAGAAAGACCAGCGCUUUGUGUUUGCCGCCGUGGACCAGAAGCCUCCCGUAAUCCCUCUGCAGAAGCUCAUCGUUCGGGAAGUAGCCAACGAGGAGAGAGGGAUGUUCCUCAUCUCCGCCUCUUCAGUGGGACCGGAGAUGUAUGAAGUCCACGCCACCACGAGAGACGAGAGGAACGCCUGGAUGAGACACAUACGACAAGCUGUGGAGAGUUGUCCUGAGGAAGAGGAGGAGGAGGAGGAGGAGCGAAGCGCCGAGAUCGAGGAGGCCAGGCGAGUGUCAGAAGUGCGGGUUCAGAAGAUCGCCAAGUUCCAAGAGACGCUGUCGGGCCACGACCAGCAGAUCUGCAGCAGCCUGGAGGAGAAGCUGCAGCUCUACGCCGAGCUCACAGAGUUGACGCUGCACUCGCCGCCGCAAGCGGCGCCACAGCGCCACCUGCUGGUACGACCGGACACCGACGGCGAGACGCCGCCGCGGCAGACCUCGGCGCUGCUCGCGGCGGCGCUCCAAGAAGCGAAGAACCUGAUCACCAUCCUGCAGAGCCGCGACGGCCUUCCCGGUCGAGGUCCGAGCUCCCCGGUCCGAGGGCCCGAGAGCUGCAGCUACAACAGCCGCGGCAGCAGCAUUCAGGAGUCGCCCUCUGAGCCGGAUUAUCUGAGCACGCUCAGCAUGAGCUCCGCCUCUCCCGGGUCGGACAGCGAGCUGACGGGGCUGGACUGCUCGCCGUGGAGCCCCGCCGCGGAGCCCAGAAGAGGCGACGCCAAAGUGACGCUGCUGAAGGUGGCAGAGAGCGUCCAGAGCCUGACUCAGCUCCUCUACAGCCUGCAGGCGGCCGUGACCCUCCAGGACAGCUGCUAUGAAGUCCAGAAGCUCCUCCUCCUGGAGCGAGAAAGACCUCAGCUCCGAACCAUCGCGUCCCUCCACACCAGUCUGGAGCAGGAGAAGCAGAGGAGCGUGGACCGGAAGAAAGAGGAAGUGGAGAAGAGGGGUUUGGAGAGGAAGAAAGAGGAAGUGGACGAGGUGCAGAAGCUCCACGUGAAGCUGAAGCAGGUGCAGCAGCGCUGGGACAAAGAGUGUCUGGCCAGAGAGAAACAACAGUGCGAGCAGGAGAGCGUGCUGGAGCAGCGGGAGCAGCAGUGCCUCCUGGAGGCCGAGCGGCUGCGCUGCGAGCGCGAGGAGCUGGAGGCCCAGCUGCUGGAGUACCAGCACAACCUGGACCGGCUGAGGGAGGGCCAGAGGGGCGUGGAGCGGGAGAAGGAGCAGAUCGACGCCCAGCAGCAGCUGCUGCUGCGCUGGAGGCACCACCGCCAGAGCAGCCUGCCCGUGGCCAUCCGGCUGGACGGGCACCAGGGGUCGAGCCACAGCCGCUCCGGCAGCCUGGACGGGAACGAGGCCGCCCUGCAGCAGAGCCACCGCCGCCGGCCCCCCGCCGUCAACAACAACAACAACCACCACCAGCACCGGGGUCUGCUCUCCGCCGCGCCGCCGGCUAAGACACGCGACGGCCCGCCGCGCGGCUCCGGCUCCGCCGCUGACCUGGGCCUCGACGCCGGCCUCUACAACAGCCUCAACGCGCUGCUGAGCCAGGGGGACGGCCGGGGGGCGUACCCCAACCACGGGAACCACCACGGCGAGCCCGUCCGGCCUCUCAGGGUCACCGCACCGCCGCACGUCACCAACAGGAGCUUCAGCCCGCCGUCGGAGCGGCGUUCCCCGGGUCCCUGGAGGUCAGAGGUCACCGGUCACAGACCCUACGAGGACGGCUACUCCACGUCUCCCUCUCUCACCCCGCUCCUCCCCCCGCAGGCCUACCUCUCCCUCGAAGGACAGAACGGGGAGGAGGGAGGCGAGGAGAACAUCGUUUAUCUCUGAGAGCCUCCGGCGGGGAUGGAGCGCUCGCGCCGAUUCCCCCCCUCCCCCCAAAAAGAAAGAUCCACCUGUCGCUUGUGUGCGUGUGUGUGUACAUGUUUGCUACUCAAGUAACGCAAUCGGGGCGAAGUGUGCGCGGAUGUGCGUGUGCCUUUAUCAGUGUCCAUUAAUCGUCCUCUUCCUGCCUCCUGAGACCGCUGUGCCUUCUUUGUAAAUCAGCUUUGAUACGCAUGUUGUUGUUGUUGUUGUUUUUUUACUCCUACUCUGGUUCUUUUUGUAUCCUUUGCACUCGUUUGAAGGCAGAGGUGCAUCUGUACCCCCCCCUCCCCCCCCCCCCUUCGGGACCUAAAGCACCAGGACAAGUAUUUUUCCCAUGAGCACUUAAGAGAAGAGAAGUCCCGUAGCCGUGUAGAGCCGCCGUCUCUCCAUGUGACCUAAAAUAGUAUUUAUAAAGGACUGUGAGCAUCUGAAAGACAUUCAAAGUAUUCUCACAUUCUCGUAUGAGUAUUAAAUGUAUGUAUAGUUUUAUGGAAAGUCUACCUAUGCACACUGUGUUGGAAGAGGAACUUAUAUUCCUGUUAUUAUUCAUAUUUUAUUCACUUAAGUGCCAAAGAUCCGAUACCCUGAGUGAUGCGUGUCUGUGUGUUUCUGUUCGUCUCCGUUUCUGAUAAUUUAUUGUGUGUGAAUCGCUUCACGCACCGUCGACACUGAUGACGUUUUUGUUUCAGUCCCUGUAAUCAUAAUUGUGCCAUAUUAAUAUUGUGAUGUCUAUAAAAACUAAACAAAGCUUGUAGCAAACAUCUGAGCUCUUCUGUGUGUUCAGCGGUGCGUUCAAAGCAGUCUGACGUUCGCACAACUCUCGUUGAGCAACACGCGUGCGUGCGCACAUCUUCUAUAUUCACCGUUGGGCCAUUUGAACGUGUCUUUGAAGGCGUUGUGGAACCGAGUGUGUGAUUGUUCCCACAACAUCUGUCGAAAUCUAGGUCAGAAUUUAUUUAAUUCAGUUUAUUUUAUAAAGCCCAAAUUACAAAUUCUCCUCAAAGGGCUUUACAAUCUGUGCACAUACAACAUCCCUGACCUUUGACCUCACAUCGGAUCAGGAAAAACUCACAAGAAAUAGAAAAAAAACUUUCACAGGGACAAAAGUGAAGAAACCUUCAUGAGAGGAGGACCGCUCUCCGGGAUGGACAGAAGACAUGAUGUCAUGAAUUAAAGCUGCGCUGACCGCUGUUAUAAACCGUUGAUAACUACUGACGGCACAGGUAGAGCCCUCGUGGUGCUCAAGCACCGGCCCCUUUGCCCUGAAUGAGGAAAGGGCCCUUUCUGUAUUCAUGUCAAAUACACAUUAUUGUGGUCGUCAUGCUCCGGUUUAUUUUGUCUGUUUUUUCGAUGUGAGACUGGAGUUGCUCAGUGAGUCCAGAGGGCUGAGCCCUGUGUCCGGCUGCUGGGAGGCGAGGAGCGUCCUCAGACCUGUCCUCAGCCUCCAGAGGACGUCAUUCAUGCUGCUGAGGUCCAGCGGCUGUGGAGACGUCCUCCUCCAUGUUGUCUGUUCAUUGGUUUUGUUUCAAUGUUCUCCAUCCAGUUAGGAGUUUGGUAUAAAAGCAUCAUUUCAUAUAC